CCGUGAAGAAAUCGGUUCUUUUUGGAAUACGAAGCUGACACCGCGUGGUGUUUUUGCUGUCGGUUCUCCAUUUAUUUUCCUUUUGUCGCUUGGAAAAUAAACAAAUCCUGCCAAGAUGAGUCUGUACAACUUCAAGAAGAUCAUGGUGGUUCCGCCAGCCAAGGACUUUAUCGACAUUAUGCUGUCGAAGACACAGCGUAAGACCCCGACGGUGGUCCACAAGGGCUACAAGAUAUCCAGAAUCCGGGCGUUUUACACUCGCAAAGUGAAGUACACGCAGCAGAACUUCCACGAUCGUUUGUCGCAGAUCAUUCAGGACUUUCCCAAGUUGGACGACGUGCAUCCCUUCUAUGCCGAUUUGAUGAACGUUCUGUACGACAAGGAUCAUUACAAAUUGGCUUUGGGUCAGCUUAAUACGGCCAGGCAUUUGGUGGAUAACGUUGCCAAGGAUUAUGUGCGCCUGCUGAAAUACGGAGAUUCGCUGUACCGCUGCAAGCAGCUGAAGAAGGCGGCCCUGGGUCGCAUGGCCACCAUCAUGAAGCGCCAGGCCUCCAACCUCACUUACCUCGAGCAAGUGCGUCAGCAUCUUUCGCGUCUGCCCACCAUCGAUCCCUAUUCGCGUACCAUCAUCAUCUGCGGCUUCCCCAACGUGGGCAAGUCCUCGUUUAUCAACAAGAUCACACGUGCCGAUGUGGAGGUGCAACCUUAUGCCUUCACCACCAAAUCCCUGUACGUCGGCCACACAGACUACAAAUACCUCCGCUGGCAGGUGAUUGACACACCCGGAAUCCUGGAUCAUCCGUUGGAGGAACGCAAUGUUAUCGAAAUGCAGGCCAUUACUGCCUUGGCGCAUUUGCGCGCCUGCGUCCUGUACUUCAUGGAUAUUUCAGAGCAGUGCGGUCACUCCUUGGAGGAACAGGUCAAGCUGUUCGAGAGCAUCAAGCCUCUGUUCACCAACAAGCCUCUGAUCCUGGCCAUCAACAAGAUCGACAUUCUUACACCCGAGGAUUUGCCAGAGGAGCGUAGAGAGAUCAUCACCAAGCUGCAGGAGGACAAAAACAUACCCGUGAUGCUCAUGUCCACCGUUCAGGAAACCGGUGUCAUGGAGGUGAAAACCGAGGCUUGCGAGCGUCUGCUAUCGUACCGUGUAGACCAGAAGAUGCGCACCAAGAAGGUGGACAACAUCUUGAACCGCCUGCAUGUGGCCAUGCCAGCGCCUCGAGAUGACAAACUCCGCACUCCCUGCAUCCCAGAAAAGGCUUCGGCCCGUCUCCAACAGAAUGCCGAGAAGGCGGAGCGCAAACGCAAGCUGGAGAAGGAGAUCGAGGAGGAGAUGGGCGACGACUAUACGCUGGACCUCAAGAAGAACUACAGCGAAAUUCCCGAGGACGAGCGUUACGAUGUUAUUCCCGAGUUCUGGCAGGGACACAACAUUGCCGACUACAUCGAUGCCGACAUUUUCGAGAAGCUGGAGGAGCUGGAGCGCGAGGAGGGUCUGCGGGAGGAGAGCGGCAUUUACACAGUGCCCGAUAUGUCAAUGGACGAGACGCUCAAGGAGAUCCGCGAGAUGGCCAAGCAAAUUCGAGGCAAGCGUUUCGAGCUGCGCGACGAGAAGCGUCUGUCGUCGCGAAAGAACAAGCCGGUUAUUCCCAGAAACAAGCAGCCCAAGGUGCGCGACCGUUCCGUACAGAAGCUGGUCUCCACAAUGGAGGGCCUGGGUGUGGAUAUGUCUGGCAGCGAGAACGCCAAUUUCACCAAGUCUGUCGUGGAUCUGCGUCGCGGCCAGGUAGCCGUUGGAUCCAAGAAGGUGCCUAUGCAACCGCUGCUCGACAAGGAGUCAUCGGCCGUGGUUCGCAAGACUGGUCUGCCACUGAAGCGGGCGCCGUCGCGCGACUCUCUGGGCAUCAAAAACCUGGCCAUCCGCAAGAAGGCACAGAUCAUGGCCAAGCGGGACAUUGCCAAGAAGGUCACAAGCAGGGGUCUCAAGGGAGAGGCGGAUCGCUUCAUCGGCACCAAGAUGCCCAAGCAUUUGUAUUCCGGCAAGCGUGGAAACGGCAAGACGGAUCGUCGUUAAGUGGCGUGGCCUUGGCUGGUUAAGUGAUUCUACCUGGUGGGCUCGCCCGCUCCUCUGUAUAAACUAAGCGAUCUAUCUUUAUCCUAUAUAACAUUUUUAAAUACAUGAUUGUAUUUUUACAAAACA